AUGCUCGCAAGAUCUUGCAGCCGCUUGCUUGCGCUGUCCUCGACGAGGGUCGUCAUGCCUCGAUCUGUUGCCAGGUUGGCAGCUCCUGGCCUCGUCCGGACUACCCCCGCCGUCCGCAGCUUCGCGUCUGCAGCACCUGCCCUCAACAGAGACAACUCCGAAAGACAUCGAUCUGCUCCACCUGAGGGCGACGAAUACUCCAGCACCCAUCGCCUCAACUAUCUGCUCGCUGAACGUCUCGAUCCAAGUCAAGAGUUGAUCAUCAGGCAGAUGCGAGACUCUGAAAUCGACCAUCUCCCCCUCGUCUUUGAAAGCGACAAACAAUGGCAACUACUUGAUAAACCCUUCACCUUCCCACGCCGAGACAGAAGCGAAAUGCAGGAAGGCAGCAAAGCAUACUUCGCAGCCGGAGACUACGUCUACAACACUUUCCACUUCUCCUCGGUUUAUCAUCUCAAGCGAUUCAAUCGUGAGAUAGCCGAGGUGCUUGAAACCAAAGCACGUUUGGUGGUCCCAAUCGGAUUCUUUGAUGUACGAUCUCGAACUUACACCGUAGGUUUGCCGGCUUACAUCGGUAUUAGACCUCCCUACCCCUCAGCGGAGAAUUCUAAGCGUAUUAUCAAGCUCAUCGAUGAGUACCGCUCAAAAGGUACACCAACGGAAGCGAAGAAAGCAAUCAUGAACGAAUUACGAACGUAUAUCAUCCCUCGUGGAUUCAGAAAGCUCACCUGGGUGUAUUCUCGAUACCUGAUUAAGCUAUACGAGUCGCUCCGAAAGGUGACGUCCGAGCAAAUCCUUGCCGAUGAAGUGAGGUUCAGGACUAACGGCGAACUUGACAGCGAGCCCGCACCUCAACAUAAGGAUCAUGCAGCUCAGAGUCCCAAAAAGAGGCCUGAAAAGAACGAGAAGGCGAAACCUGCAGACGGAUUGCAGGCGGACAACCCUAGAUUGCCUGAAGCAGACAUCUUCGUUGCACCUGACGGAGAUGCACACAAGGGCGGCAAGGACGAGGCGUUAAAGGAUCACGUUCCGUUCCCGAAGCCGAGUGCGGAAGAGAUGGGGAUGAAGAGAGAGGGAGGCUCGCCAAGAAGGAGCCCUGAGCCAGCAAAGAACUUGCAGGCAGAUGACUCUAAGCUUCCUGAAGCUGGCACCUUUGUAGCACCAGAUGGAGAUGCACACAAAGUUGAUAGCGGCGAAAAGCUGGAAGAUCGCGUACCCUUCCCCCAGCAAAGUGCUGAAAAGAUGUGGAAUCCGAAGCCAGUCUUAAGUCAGGCAGAGAGGUUGCAGGCAGAUGACCCUAAGCUCCCGGAAGCGGGUACGUUCGUUGCUCCCAAUGGAGAUGCGCAUAAAGCUGAUGGUGGCGAAAAGCUGGAAGAUCGCGUACCCUUCCCCCAGCAAAGUGCUGAAGAGAUGUGGAAUCCGAAGCCAGUCUCAAGUCAGGCAGAUGACCCUAAGCUUCCUGAAGCUGGCACCUUUGUAGCACCAGAUGGAGAUGCACACAAAGUUGAUGGCGGCGAAAAGCUGGAAGAUCGCGUACCCUUCCCCCAGCAAAGUGCUGAAGAGAUGUGGAAUCCGAAGCCAGUCUCAAAUCAGGCAGAGAGAUUGCAGGCAGAUGACCCUAAGCUCCCGGAAGCGGGUACGUUCGUUGCUCCCAAUGGAGAUGCGCAUAAAGCUGAUGGUGGCGAAAAGCUGGAAGAUCGCGUACCCUUCCCCCAGCAAAGUGCUGAAGAGAUGUGGAAUCCGAAGCCAGUCUCAAAUCAGGCAGAGAGACUGCAGGCAGAUGACCCUAAGCUCCCGGAAGCGGGUACGUUCGUUGCUCCCGAUGGUGGUGCCCACAAGCCUAGCAAGGGUGAGGGCGAUGCUUUGGAAGAGCAUGUACCCUUCCCCAAGCCAAGCGCGGAGGAGAUGGGAAUUAAAAGGCCGACCGAGGGCUAA